AGCACUCAUCAAAAUCCCACUGACUGUUUGGAAAAAGAACUGUUGCACAUAUUAAAAAUGGAAAACACUGUGCGUAACGAAUUGAUGUACUGAUGAAUUGAUGACUGCGGACAGCUCCAAUGGAUACUACUUUGGAACCCCUUUCAACAUCUUUUCUUUACAACGAGGAGGAUGGAAACGAGACCUCCACCAAUCUUUUCGAGCAACCGAACUGGCAGGUGGCACUUUGGGCGAUUGCAUACUCCUUAAUCGUAAUUGUGUCCAUCGUUGGCAAUGUCACCGUUAUUUGGAUCAUUUUGGCUCAUAAACGAAUGAGGACAGUGACCAACUACUUUAUUGUAAACCUCGCCUUUUCUGAUGCGUCAAUGGCAACUUUUAACACUGUCUUCAAUUUCGUGUAUGCUUUGCACAAUGACUGGUAUUUUGGUUUAGGAUACUGUAAAUUUCAAAACUUUUUUCCAAUAACAGCUAUGUUUUCAAGCAUUUAUUCAAUGGCAGCUAUUGCUGUUGACAGAUAUAUGGCGAUAAACCACCCCCUGAAGCCCAGACUCUCCUCCACUAAUACAAAAGUUCUGAUCGGGGUAAUCUGGGCUGUGGCAUUUUCUCUGGCUUUCCCCCAAUGUUAUUACGCCAGUACCAAGUUCUUUUUCCCUCGGACUGUCUGUAUGGUGGACUGGCCUGACGAUUAUGGAGGAAAACAUCAUCUCUCGUACCAGAUUGCUGUGAUUAUCCUGAUCUACUUGCUCCCUCUGCUGGUGAUGUUGGUGACCUACAGUCUGGUGGGCCAGAGGCUGUGGGGCAGUGAGAUCCCUGGAGAAGCAUCAGAUCACUACCAGAACCAGAUCCAGGCAAAACGCAAGGUUGUGAAGAUGAUGAUAGUGGUUGUGACGACCUUUGCAAUAUGUUGGCUCCCUUACCACAUCUACUUCAUUCUGGGGAGCUUCAACAGGGAUAUAUACAAUCAACACUAUAUCCAGCAGGUCUAUUUGGCCAUCUUCUGGCUGGCCAUGAGUUCCACUAUGUAUAACCCUAUCAUCUACUGCUGUCUAAACCAAAGAUUCCGCUCAGGUUUCCGCAAAGCAUUCCAGUGGUGCCCCUUCAUCAAGAUUUCUGAGGAAGACAACAUGGAGCUGCAGCACAUGAGAACCUUUCAUAUGAGAUACCGUUAUCGCACAGAGACCACCAGUGUGGUGGUCCGUAACCAUUUAAACAAGCCAGAAGAUACCACUUCCAAGCUAAUCAAAGCCUGAAUCUAUUUCAGAGAAGGGAAAGAGAGGGAGGAAAUACACCUGUUGGCCACACUUUGCAUUCAGUACCUCACAUACCCUUUGAAUUUGUAUUUUCCUCCUAUUGUGUUCUAUGAUGGGCUUUACAGGUGGAGUAUUAAUGUACAGUACUUUCAUCAUGGCAUAAGCAUCAAGCCUUAUUAGUUUCUGUGUUGCUGCUUGAAGUACUAGCAUACGUAUAGAUCAAUGUGUUCUGUAUAUACUGUAUACCUUGUUGUUUCAUAAACCAUCAUAUAGAGCAAUGCAUUUUUCAAACUGUUAAUAUUAGAUAAAUGUUAAGUGACAGUUCUAAAUGUAAAAAUAGAACAUUAAAUUUGUCUGAGCACCUGUACCCUAGGUUAAGAUUAUGGAUUGCUGAGAGAUACUGUAUACUGUCAAGUGUAGUACUAUAACUGUUGGUUUAUUUUGGCAGUGUUAGAACAAGAAAGAAAAUGAGAAGGGAAAAGAUUAUAUGCACAAUUAUAUAUAGUGAUUAAAACAUUGAAAACUAAUUUCUAUAAAGGCAAGCAAACACACACUCACUGAACACUUUGUUAGGAACACUAUGGUCCUAAUAAAGUGCCUGAUGUGGUCUUCUGCUGUUGUAGCACAUCCACCUCCAUGUUCGACGUGUUGUGCAUUCUGAGAUGCUAUUCUGCUAACUAGAAUUGUACAGAGCAGUUAUCUGAGUUACUGUAGCUUUUCUGUCAGCUCGAACCAGUCUGGCCAUUCUCUGUUGACCUCUCUCAUCAACAAAGAAUUUCUGUUUGCAGAACUGCCACUCACAGGAUGUUUUUUGUUUUUGGCACCAUUCUGAGUAAACUCUAGAGACUGUUGUGCAUGAAAAUCCCAGGAGAUCAGCAGUUACAGAAAUACUCAAACCAGCCCAUCUGGCACCAACAAUCAUGCCAUGGCUGAAAUCACUGAGAUCAACCCCCCCCCCCCCCAUUCUGAUGGCUGAUGUGAACAUUAACUGAAGCUCAUGACCUGCAUCAGCCUGAUUUUAUGCAUUGCACUGCUGCCACACGAUUGGAUGAUUAGAUAAUCUAAUGAAUAUGUAGGUGUACAGGUGUUCCUAAUGAAGUGCUCAGUGAGUGUAUAAUAAACCAUACAGACAUUUUUAUGUUGUACUUGUACUGUAAAUAGCCAAGCAAGCUCAUAUUUCAGUGGUGCUAAAUGGUUACAUCAUGUAUUACCUUUAACAUACAGUACUUCUGUAUGUAGAUUCUAAUACUUGUUCUGAUGUAAAUGUAGGAAAAUUAUGUGUUUUAUUAGAUUGAUAAAAGAGAGAUUUGUGAGGUUUAGCUGGGUUUUUGUCCAAAGUUUAA